AUGGCGCCGGGAGCCCUCAUCGACGAGCCUGUCCAGCCCGCCCAGGGCCCCUGGAAGGGCAAGAAUGACGAUGCUCCUAGAGACAUCUUCCCCGAUGGCAUCCGGACGUCGGGCCAGCACAACCCCAUCCCCGAGGCAUUGCGCCCGUACGAGGACUUCCCCAAGGAGAUCUCGGGCCCGACUGUCUGGCACAAGGAGGAGUUUGAGCAGCACCCCGAGAAGUGGACGCACCGCUUCACCCCGGAGGAGGUCGAGGAGCUCGGCCGCACAUCUGAUGCCUUCAUCGCAAGCAACACCCCGCUGACGGGCAUCUCCAAGGACAACUUCCCCCUUCCCACACUAGGCAAGCGCCUCGUCGACCUCCGUGAGGAUCUCAUCAACGGCAAGGGCUUCAUCCUCUUCAAGGGCUUCCCGGCGCAAGAAUGGGGCCCCCACAAGACGGCGGUUGGAUACAUGGGCCUCGGCACGUACCUGGGCUACUUCGUCUCGCAGAACGGGCGCGGCCACGUGCUGGGCCACGUCAAGGACGUCGGCGACGACCCGACGCAGAUCGACAAGGUGCGCAUCUACCGCACGACGGCGCGCCAGUUCUUCCACGCCGACGACGGCGACCUCGUCGGCCUGCUCUGCGUCCACCGCGCCGCCGAGGGCGGCGAGAGCGACCUCGUCAGCAUCCACGCCGUCUGGAACGAGCUGCAGCGCGCCCACCCGGACGUCGCCGAGACCCUGACCAAGCCCAUCUGGUACUUUGAUCGCAAGGGCGAGGUGUCCGAGGGCCAGGAAGAGUGGACGCGCCAGCCCGUCUUCUACAUCGAGAACGGCGGCAAGGGGCGCGUCUACUGCAAGUGGGACCCCUACUACGUGCGCUCCCUGACGCGCUUCUCGGACAAGGGCAUCAUCCCGCCGCUGAGCGAGGAGCAGCUGCACGCGCUCAAGACGCUUGAGGAAACCUGCCAGAAGUUGGCGCUGCACAUGAUCCUCGAGGUCGGCGACAUUCAGUUCCUGAGCAACGCGCACCUGCUGCAUGCCAGGACCGCAUACAAGGACUUCCCUCCCCCGGCGCCGCGCCGCCACCUCCUCCGUCUCUGGCUGUCGACGCCCGAGACCGAGGGCGGAUGGGCGCUGCCGUUCCCCGACAGCAAGGAGCUGAAGCGCGGGGGUAUCCAGGUCAACAACAACCCCCCUCGCGCGCCAUUGGAUGCCGAGUGA